AAAGCUCCCGCACACAUAGCUGAUACGCCACCUACUGCAAAACCGAGCUGACAGCACAGGCGACGCUGCCCGCAUUUCCAUUCCAUCACCAGGCUGGGGCUGAAUAAAGGCGUGCUUGUGUGGUAGUGUUUCUUUUUUAAAAAUCUCAAAGCCAAGAAGAACAGGCUGAAAUAGCAUUUUCAAAAAUGGAGCGUAAAAUAAACAGAAGAGAAAAAGAAAAGGAGUAUGAAGGGAAACACAACAGCUUGGAAGAUGCUGACCGAGGAAAGAACUGCAAAUCCACACUGAUGACCCUCAACGUUGGUGGAUAUUUAUACAUUACUCAAAAACAAACACUGACCAAGUACCCAGACACUUUCCUUGAAGGUAUAGUAAAUGGAAAAAUCCUCUGCCCGUUUGAUGCUGAUGGUCAUUAUUUCAUAGACAGGGAUGGACUCCUCUUCAGGCAUGUCCUAAACUUCCUACGAAAUGGAGAACUUCUACUGCCCGAAGGGUUUCGAGAAAAUCAACUUCUUGCACAAGAAGCAGAAUUCUUUCAGCUCAAGGGACUGGCGGAGGAAGUGAAAUCCAGGUGGGAAAAAGAACAGCUAACACCCAGAGAGACUACUUUCUUGGAAAUAACAGAUAACCAUGAUCGCUCACAAGGACUGAGAAUUUUCUGUAAUGCUCCUGAUUUCAUAUCAAAAAUCAAAUCUCGCAUUGUUCUGGUGUCCAAAAGCAGGCUGGAUGGAUUUCCAGAGGAGUUUUCAAUAUCAUCAAAUAUCAUUCAAUUUAAAUACUUCAUAAAGUCUGAAAAUGGCACUCGACUAGUACUAAAGGAAGACAACACCUUUGUCUGUACCCUGGAAACUCUUAAGUUUGAGGCUAUAAUGAUGGCCUUAAAGUGUGGUUUUAGACUGCUGACCAGCCUGGAUUGUUCCAAAGGGUCAAUUGUUCACAGCGAUGCACUUCAUUUUAUCAAGUAAUUACCUGUGUCAUGAACAAAGGCAACAAGCAUGCAGCAGCCAGCAAGCUUCGGAAAACCACAGCAUCAAAGGCAUCCCGAAUAACGUGUGCCGGGCCAGCUCUGUACUCAGAGCCCUGCUGCUAAUCAAUUACUGUGAGCUAAGGGUAUGUAAAUUCUAUCGCUAAAGAUGUCCUUCUCAAGGGUGUUCCUGCUGAUCAGACUCUUAUAAUGAAAACAAUGAUGUUCUAUAUAUUGUAAAUAAAGACUGAAUGCUUUUGCUAUUUAUUUCCCCUGAAGCUGUCUUUCAAUCAGAAUGUCUUGGGUACUUGCACAAUGAACAAGCAUGUACAUUAUCUAUCAUUCAAGUAAAUGGUAAUAAAAUAUGUUAAGGGGCUAUAAGAUUUAAAAUCUUUUCUAUAAAACUACAAAGAAACUGAUCUGGUAAAAAUUAACUAAUGAGAGCAAAAGAAAUGUGCAGAUGUACUAAGACAGAGCUCUAGUGAAACCAAAUGUAAUUGUAAGAAGGUAUUAAAGUUAUUGAUUUAAUUUUAAUGGCAGGCACCAAAAGCUUAUUCAUAGUUCCUGUAUUUCAUACUAGAAUUAUAGCUGAAUUGACAUAUUGCUGAACAUUCCUAGAAAACUGCGUAAUGACAAUAAAAAAUAAAUAAAAGCACUACUAGCUUCUUUGCUUGUAUUAAUAGUUAUAAUAAAAAGUUACAUGUGUCACUUUCAAAACAAAGAGUACCACUUGAUGAUUUCACACAGUACUAUGCAUUGAUGUAGUCAACUGGCAGGCUGGUCUUGCAAGUGACAAAAAUCAGUAAAUUCAUUUCUUUGCAGGCUGAGCUCCAACACAGCAUGGAUAACUUAGCCUUAACAGCUUACGUGGUAUCAAAAUAAUAAAGGAGUUCAUUUUCAGAA